CGGCGGCGGCGGCGGCAGCAGCGAGGGCGCCGUUAUGGACCUGGAGGAGGCGAAAGAGUUUAAAGAAAGAUGCACUCAGUGUGCUGCUGUCUCUUGGGGUCUUACUGAUGAAGGCAAAUAUUAUUGUACUUCUUGCCACAACGUUACAGAGAGAUCUAAGGAAGUCAUAAACACUGGGGCUAUCCCUAAUACUAAAAUACAAGCCAUCAGCCGGGGACUUAAAAGAAAAAGAAAACUUGAGAAAGGCUGGGAUUGGUAUGUGUGUGAAGGUUUUCAGCAGAUACUUUAUCAACAAGCAGAAGCCUUAAAGACCCUUGGAGUAGGCCCAGAAUUAAAGAAUGAAGUUUUACAUAAUUUUUGGAAGCGCUACCUUCAGAAGAGCAAGCAGGCAUAUUGUAAAAACCCAGUUUAUACGAGUGGAAGAAAAGCUACGGUAUUAGAAGAUAACCCAAGUCAUUCAGACUGGGAUAGUGAGCCUGACCUGCUGAGUGACUUUAGCUGCCGUUCUUUUGUUGAAAGUGGAACAGACUCUCAGCCUGAUGGCUGCCCUCAGAAGCCUUUCCCCAUCAGCAAAGCAUCACAAUCAGAAACAGCAUCCAUCUGUUCUGGAUCUCUCGAUGGAGUUGAAUAUUCACUGCGAAAGGAGAAGGGAAUUGUGAAGAUGACAGUGCCAAGGACACUUGCUUUCUGCUACCUGUCAUUACUAUGGCAGAGAGAAACAAUUACUCUUUCAGAUCUUUUGAGAUUCGUUGAAGAGGGCCAUAUUCCUUACAUAAAUGCUUUUCAGCAUUUUCCAGAAGAGAUGAAAUUAUAUGGGCGUGACAAAGGAAUCUUUGCUAUAGAGUCUUGGCCUGCCUAUGAGGAUAUCUAUAAAAAAAUUAUUGAAAUUGCUAAAUUCUUAGAUUUGCCACGUUUUCCAGACAUAACUGAAGACUGCUAUCUUCAUCCAAACAUCUUGUGUAUGAAAUACUUGAUGGAAGUCAAUCUCCCUGAUGAAAUGAAUGAUUUAACCUGCCAAGUGGUAAAAAUGACUGGAAUAGGAGAAGUGGAUUUUCUGACAUUUGAUCCCAUAGCUAAAAUGGCAAAAACAGUUAAAUAUGAUGUACAGGCUGUCGCUGUCAUUGUAGUAGUAUUGAAACUGCUCUUUUUAUUGGAUGACAAUUUAGAAUGGACUUUGUCUAAUAUUGCUGAGAAAUAUAAUGAAAAGAACAAAGAAGAUAAGCCCUGGUUUGAUUUCAGAAAAUGGUACCAAGUGAUGAAGAGAUCUGUUGAUGAGAAAAAACAAAAGUGGGAGGAAGCCAGGGCAAAGUAUCUGUGGAAAAGCGAAAAGCCACUCUACCACUCAUCCAUUGACAGAGCAGUGGUAUAUAAAAGAAGAGAAAUGGUGGUGAGUCUACAAAAACAGUUUAGCACACUGGUUGAUUCAGCACCAACUGUUGAAAAGAAAAGUCCUUCAAGUUUUCAGUUCAACUGGACUGAAGGAGACUCUGCUAGAACCUGUUUCCAUGGACAUGGCCUCCAGGGGAUCCUGAAGAAGAAAGGCCAGUCAAUGACAACCAAGAAUUCACUAUAUUGGCUUAGUACACAGAAAUUCUGUAGAAGCUAUUGUAAACAUGUGACAACCUAUGAAGAAUCAAAUUUUUCUCUGAGUUAUCAGUUCAUAAUAAAUCUCUUCUCCUUCCUGCUGAGAAUAAAGACCUCUUCCCUCCAUGAAGAAGUGAGCUUAAUUGAAAAGAGACUUUUUAAAACAAAAUAUAGUAAAACGAAAAAGAAAUCAAGAUCCAGGAAGGGGAGGAAAUACUGAGAAAAAUGAAAUAGAAACUUUCUUGGGAAAAUAUUUUAAUUGUGAUAAAAAUGUCAAAUUAUAUUCCAGAGAAUUAUGGGAAAUAGAAUUUUAUUAUAUAUCCACACAUACAUAGAUACAUAUAUAUGUAUCAAAUGUGCUUAUAAAAAUGUGUACUGGAAAAUAAGUGAAUUGUGUUUGAAUUUAUUUUUUAAAUUAUGAAUAUUCUUUGAGGAAGAUUAAAUAAUAAGUUUUAU